UGGGUGUUUACUUUGAGUGCGUAAUGUGUGACGACACAGGAAGCGGAAGCGAAAUAAUCUUAUAAGGGAGCGGAGGUGCGGUCUGACAAAGCUGCAGCUGAAGAAACAGCAGCAGUGAUGGAUCGAGUGAGGUCAACCUUUAACAACCUGUUUAAAAGCAAGCGCUACAGCCGGUUCACCCUGCAGCCGGUGGAAGACGGAGAAAGACAUGUCGAGGUGAAACUGUCUGACGACGACGCAGAUGAUAACAUGGAGGUUGCCAUGGAGGUCGAGGGCCAGGCGGGCGGCUCUCCGAGCUUUAGGCCGGCACCACCGCGUCAAAGCCAGCGUCAUAUUUACUUCCUGGCCCUAGGAAUCCCGCUGAUAUUUGUAAUUGGUUAUCUGUUGGGAUACAUCAGCCACCGUAAAGUGGAGCCGGUGAACAUGGAGCCGGUGAACACAGGGAGUCCAGUACCAACGACACAGCACCAUUUUGUACCAGCUCCAGAUUUGCCACUGCAGUGGACGGACAUCACCCAACUUCUGACGCAGAAAUUCACCAGUCAGGCCUUCGACAAGUCUCUGAGGGACUUUGAUCUGCCUAGACGUUCGGCAGGAAGUGUGGAGGAUGCAAAUCUGGCAAUACGCAUCUUUGAUGAAUUCAAGCAGCUGGAAAUGGACCCCUGGACGGACAUCCACUACGUCCAGCUGCAGACACCAGACAGCAAUCGCCCAAACCGUGUCCUUUUUGGGUCAGAUGUGUUCAAACCUUUGGGAUAUCUGGCCUAUAGCGCGACUGGGAAAGUUCAGGGUAAACUGGUUUACGGAAACUACGGUCGUCUGGAAGACCUGGAUGUUCUGCAGAAUAAGAGCAUUGAGCUGAAAGACAGCGUGCUGCUGCUCCGCAGGGGAAAGAUCACGUUUGCUGAGCAGGUGGAUAAUGCUGCAAGAAAAGGAGCCUCCGCUGUUCUGAUCUACCCCGACACUCAAGAUUACAAUUAUCAAGGGGACACUGAUCUAUAUGGACAUGUCCAUCUGGGUUCAGGUGACCCGUACACGCCCGGAUUCCCCUCCUUCAACCACACGCAGUUCCCCCCGACUCAGUCGUCUGGCCUCCCCAAGAUCCCAGCCCAGACCAUCACCGCCAACACGGCCACUGCGCUUCUGCGGAAUAUCGGCGGCCCUGAGUCGAAUGCGAGCAGCGGUUUUAAAGGCGGCUUCAACUCUGUGUCUUACAGACUGGGAGGCACUGAGAACGUCACUGUAGAAGUGAACAACGUGUUGGUCAACACUAAGAUGCGCAACGUGUUUGGAGUCAUCAAAGGAUUCAUUGAUCCUGAUCGCUACGUGGUCCUGGGAGCUCAGAGAGACGCCUGGGGCAGAGGUUACGCCAGAGCCGCUGUGGGCACGUCUGUACUGAUGGAGCUGGCCAAGGCUGUGAGCAAGAUGGUGAAGACAGAAAAAUUCAGGCCAAGGAGAAGUCUCGUAUUUGCAAGUUGGAGCGCUGGAGAGUAUGGAAAUGUUGGUGCCACUGAGUGGUUAGAGGGUUACAUGUCCUCUCUUGACAAAAGCGUUUUCACCUACAUCAGCCUGGAUGGAAUAAUUAUGGGUCGAGGCAGCUUCAUGGCCUCAGCUAGUCCGCUGCUCCACAGCCUCAUCGAGAACACGAUGAAAAGGGUGAAGAGUCCAAUCAGCUCUGAAAGCUUGUACGACAUGAUGGGACAGAGCGACUGGGAGAAAAAUACACUAAAGCCGAUGUCGAUAGACGACCCCGCCUAUACCUUCGUGGCUUUCUCUGGAAUUCCUGCUGUGUCUUUCCACUUCGUCUCUCCCAAUACUGAGUCCUACUCUUACUACGGCACCAACCUGGACAACAUGGAUCACCUCAACUACCAAACCAACCACCACACCAGUGAGAUGACGGCGGUGGCGGCCCAGUUCGCCGGCCUCAUGGCCUUGCGGCUGGUCCACGACCACCUGCUCAAUCUGGACGUGAGCCAAUACGCCAGCGUGCUCGAUAACGCUUCGAUGCCGGUCUACAAGCGCAUCAACCAGCUCGUACAGUCCGGUCAGCUGAAGGGCGUGAGCGCCAACUGGCUGAGCAUCGCACGAGGCGCCUUUAAAAGGGCGGCAGCCAGCAUCGGCAGAGCCAUCGACAACAGUGACGUAGAAAACCAGAAGACCUGUCGGACCAUCAACGACAGGAUCAUGAGGGUUGAGCAUAACCUCCUCUCUCCGUACGUGUCGCCCACUGAGACUCCCUUCCGUCACCUCCUGUUCGGCCGCGGCCCCCACACGCUGGCGUCCAUCGCCGAGACCUCGGACAUGGAGCAGCUCCGCAUCCAGCUGGCCCUCGCCACAUGGAACCUGCAGGGGUGUGCUUACGCCAUGGUCACAGACAUCUGGGACAUCGAAGAGGAGAUCUGAAAAGGAGGGUGCAGAGAUGCAAGCGUGGGUGUGUGGUUGAAAUUAACAUUCAGGUAGAGCAGAGGGAGGAGCUCCAGUAUCAGAGGUAACUUUAAACACAUACCUAUAUUUAAUGAGUGUUUUAUGGGGAACAGAUUCUCGGUCCCAUGAAGUUCCAGGAGGAGACAAAAGUUUUUAAAAGUAUCAAAAAAAAAAAAAAAAAAAACUAAAGUAUCAAAUGCUUCUGAUAAACCUCCUCACCCGUCCCCCCCCCACCCCAUUGCACUUGUACGAGCAUUUUGCUGUGAGUUGAAAACACUGAGAAACCUUAUUUAUACUUAAGUUUUUUUAUCAGUGGCAGUGCCCACUAUAAAGUUAUCAUUUGUCUUUUUAUACGACGUUAUCGGAAGCAGGGCCUUCCAUAAUUAUGACGGUUAUACUGUCGGAUUCUACGGCAGCAUCUGCUACACCAACGACUCCUCAACUGUUGCUGACAAAAUGGAGCCCCGAGUAAAGUUGCGCGCCAUUAAUAUAGUGGUUUUAUAAAAUUACAUCCUGAGCGGGUCAUCAAACCAACUUGAUGACCCGCUCAAGAGAAGAAACUAUCUCGAUAUAAGGACAUUUUUAUUUAUAUGCCACAAGCGCGUCAACAAAUUGUGCUUUUCUCUUAAGCCUCGUUUAACUGAGAUAACAACUGAGCUGAUUGGUUAAUUUGCGAGGAAGCUUUUUAUUUUGCACAGUCGACUUUGGAGCACUUAAUGAUAUCGUGAAGUUAUCGGGAGCAGUGCCUUCCAUAAUUUAUUCCCAUUAUCGGAAGCAGGGUCUUCCAUAAUGAUAAGCAGUGAUGGUAGUUUUUAUCUACCAGUGUGUGUGUUUUACAGUACAUGUGUAUUUAUCGGGAGCAGUGUCUCUCAUAUUUCACUUUAAAGGGUGGAACAACUUGUCGGGGACAGUGUUUCCCAGAGUUUAAUUUUUUACAUAUUUAUUUGUUUUUAUUUGGGGAUUUUGUGUGUGUGUGUGUGUACGUGUGUGGGAAGAUGCAGUCCUCCUGAACUCCAGAGUGCACGUGCUUCUGAUUUCUUUUUGUUUUUGCUUGUGCUUUAAUUUCUGAAGCAUACUGUUAUCUUAACACAACAGAACCUGGUGUGCCACCAUUCUGACAGGAUUCAAUUUAUGGAGGGAGCUGGAAUUAUUUACUGCUGAUUUAAAUGAAAGAAUAUGUUCGGUCAUACAUGUAUUCCAGUCAGGACAAAGCCAAAAGCCUCCACAUGGGGGUACGGAAAAGCUGAAGUGUGAGGAAAAGAUGCUUGGGUAUAAAUUUAAGUGAAGAACACCAGUGGUUUGCUCCACUGAUGGCUGAUGAUUUUUUUUUCUACAUUUUUAAUUUGCUCAUCUUUCAGACAAAAAUCCCAUUUCAUGUCGCUCCAGAAAGAAUUCAAAUUAAAGGAGGAAGCAUUGCCCCACCUCCCUGUGAAAGAAAGAAAUUCACCAUGAAUGGGGCUUCAGACUUCUGUUAUGUUUUGCAAUCAAGCAGCUCAGUAUUAUAGCGUAUAAUAUAACAUAGUACUAUAGCGCAGUAUAGUUGGCAACAAACCUGCUCUGUCAGUCUCGUUCUCUCGCUUUGUGUUUGUGACUUUAAAAUGACCACAGAUAAACCAUAACCGUCUCUGCAUGUGUUUUAAUUCCAAACUUCCACAUAACCAGCAUGUUACUGUGUUUCUCUGCUGAGGUGAAGCUCAACAGACCUGAACCACGUUACAAAACCUUCCUUCAAAUUUACGGUUCGACCAACUUGUUCUGUUUCCACUGAUACACACAGAAUAUGGCUUAUUUUAUUUUACAUUGUCUUCCUAUAAAAGUUAGACAAUCGGUGUUUUCCGUUGAAUAAAAUUAAAUAGAACAAAUUCCAUAACUGAUAUUCAAUAAAGUUAAAUGUUACGUGUUUGCUUCAAAAUAAAACGUGCUAGAGCUUUAAGAACCUGAAUCCUUGGUAGUAAACAUGUAAGAAGAAGUGGAUAGAUCCCUCAUAUGAACCACAUUUAAAAUCUGCAUUAUUUAAUCACACUUACCCAACAACAUUCCCAUGCUUCAUUAUUCAGAUUAUUUGACCAGGCUGUUUUCUCACGUCAGUUCCAUUCAGCUUGUCACUGUUUUCCUUUGCAUCAUCUGUGAGAAGAAUCAGGAAGAAUUUUGAAGUUGAGCAGCCGGAGACUGGAUUUUACUUUCUUGCUAAACGUUAAACUGUAUCUGAAGCUUAUCAGUAUGAUUUCUGUACUUGGGUUAUUUUUUGAAAUUGUGUUUCUGUGAUUUCCACGUUCUGCAGAGAAUAGAAAUAAAUCCUCUGGCUUAGCAUCA